GCGUGGCAGGCUUGCUGCCCUCGCGCCGCCUUCUUGCCUUCCAAAGCGAGGACAAGUGCGUGCGAGUCUAUUAGCAGUCGCGUGGUAGCGAUGGCGGCUUUCAGAGACCCUGUUCCUGUCACUGGAUACUUACUACCAGCGGCGGCGGGAGCGGCGUUUAACUGCUUUGGCUGCGGCCGCUGGCACGUUGCGGAGCCGGUCUGCAGGAGGGGCCAGAGGGAAGUCCUGACCCACUCUCCUCCCGCCCUCCUUCCCCCUCGCUCGCAGCCCCCGAAGUCCCUCGGCGAGCCCAGCCGCCGCUGCCAUGGGCAUUCUCGACAGGCUGAGGAAGGACUGGUUCAUCCUGGGGAUCGUCCUGGUCAUCACCCUCGCCAAGCUGGAGCCGGCCUUUGGGGUGAAGGGGGGACCAUUGAAACCAGAAAUCACUAUCACAUAUGUAGCUGUCUCUGCUAUAUUCUUUAAUAGUGGGCUGUCCCUGAAAACAGAGGAGCUGACAAGUGCUUUGAUGCAUGUGAAAUUGCAUCUUUUUGUACAGAUCUUCACACUUGUAUUCUUCCCAACAGCUAUAUGGCUAUUUCUUCAGCUCCUAUCUAUUACAUCUAUAAAUGAAUGGCUUUUAAAAGGUUUGCAGACAGUAGGCUGUAUGCCUCCUCCUGUAUCUUCAGCAGUGAUUUUAACUAAAGCUGUUGGGGGGAAUGAGGCAGCUGCUAUAUUUAACUCAGCCUUUGGAAGUUUUUUGGGCAUUGUUAUAACUCCUUUGCUCCUACUGCUUUUUCUUGGAUCCUCCUCUUCUGUGCCUUUUUCAUCUAUAUUCUCACAGCUGUUCAUGACUGUUGUAGUUCCACUCAUAAUUGGACAGAUUGUCCGAAGAUACAUCAAGGAAUGGCUUGAGAGAAAGAAGCCUCCAUUUAGUGCUAUCAGCAGUUGUGUGCUCUUGAUGAUCAUCUAUACAACAUUCUGUGAUACUUUCUCUAAUCCAAAUAUUGAUCUUGAUAAAUUUAGCCUGAUCAUAAUAGUUUUUAUAAUAUUUUCAAUUCAGCUGGGAUUUAUGAUGUUAACUUUCUUCUUUUCUACAAGAAAGAGUUCUGGCUUCACACCAGCAGACACAGUGGCUAUUAUUUUCUGUUCUACACACAAAUCUCUAACCUUGGGUAUACCAAUGCUGAAGAUAGUAUUUGAAGGCUACAAGCAUCUGUCCUUAAUUUCAGUCCCUUUACUUAUUUAUCACCCAGCCCAGAUCCUCCUUGGCAGCAUUUUGGUACCAACAAUAAAAUCUUGGAUGAUUUCUAGACAAAAGGCACUAAAAUUAACAAGGCAGCCUAAAGUACCAGUGAAAGUAUAAUGAAACAGCCCCGUGAAUGUAUAUGUGUCCUGUUUUGUACAUACAUAGAGACAAUUCGAAGAUGAUCAUAUAUGAAUGUUGCCUCAAUACUUACUUUAUUUUUAUAGAUACAAAUAUAUUUAAAAUACCUACUGAAGUGCCUUAAAAUACUUUUACAAAAGCAUUGAUUCCAAAAUCAGAUGGCUGGUCAUAAUAAGAGGUUGCACUCAAACUUUGCGUUCAUUCAGUUUUAUUUCUCUUCCUGAGUGAAUCAUUCUAGCAGUGAAACUUUAAAGCUUCCAUCAUCACAUCUCAGUGGCACGAGUCAAUCCACUAAGUGUUCCUCUUCUAUAAGCUUUAUUGCAAUGAAUGAAGACCAAAUUGGACCUGCUUUGCAUUGGUUGUCCUAAUCAUUCAUAAACAUGCUAUGUGUUUUCCUGGGCACUACCUUCUUCUGGCUCAUGCAGGAAAUAAUUUCUGAAUAUUUAAUUAAGAAAUUAACUUGAAUUUUUGUGAUUCUGUAACACCCCCAACCAUUAUCCACUCAUGUUUGUGACAUGCCUUUUUCUUCUGAGUUUGUAUACAUUCAGCAUGGGGCCAUCCUUUGGAGAGAAACAGAAGCAUUCAUUAUUUGCAUUUGUUGACACAGUUCUCCACACAUUCCGUCAAAAUUAAUGGUCCCUCAAGAUAAUUCUGAUCCAUUUUUAUGGUGCUGUGGCAUUGUAUAUCUAACUGUGAGCUUCCUCAAAGACAAGGCUGUGGUUAUAGUAGUAAGGAAAUACCAGUGAUUACAAGCACAGCUGGAAGAGUGUUUUUAUUAUUACUAUAGUUUACUAAAUCAGAUCAUCCUUUUUUUUCCCUUGUGCAAGACACCCCACCCAAUAGUAACAGAAAAAUAUUAAUAUUGCAGUGGUCACUUUAUUGCCACAUACAAGUUUUUCAGUGCUAUAUUGUUCAAUAUCCCAUGAGCAGCAUGCAAAAAUUAAUGAGAUUGAAAGACUGCCCCCCUCAAGCAAGCAAAGAUGCAUGGAUUCUAUAGAAAUGUAAGCAGCACUGGUGUAUUUCUUGUUAACCUGACAAUCAAAGUUUAAGGGUGAUUUUUUUAAUUCUUUACCUUUUAGGAGAGAUACUGAUUAAUACUUAUAUUUGGA